AUGGAGCUGCUGCGGCCGGGGUUGGUGUUUGUUGGGCUCCUUCUACUGGCUUGGGGAUCGGAGUCUCUGACGCUGUCCUCGAGGCUCAUCCAUCGGUUCUCUGAGGAGGCGAGGGAGAUCUGGAGUGCCAGGAGUGGGGAAGGUGCCGUCGGGUGGCUCAGCCGUGGGAGUGAGGAUUAUUACCGGGCGCUGGUUGGGAGGGACCUCUUGCGGCAGAAGAACAAGCUCGGGGUCAGGUACCAGGUAGUGUUUCCGUCGGAGGGCGGCGGAGCUGUGGGUCUCGGGAACGACUUCGGCUGGUGAGUUGAGCUGCAGCAAAUUUUGCCUUUUUUUUUUUGGCGCCGCAUUUUCUUUCGCAUGCCAGAGUUCUAGUUUUGAGUAAUUUUUUUUCGUUUGAAUCAUCAAUUAAUGCUAUUGUCGCUGAUUUCAUUGCUUGUUUUUCUGGGUUUCUGCUGUUCCCGAACGUUAUCAAAGUUGUACGGUGUGACUUCGAUACUGUAGUCUUUGGCUUUUGUGGUAUUUGCUGUGGACAUUUUUCAUAAGGUAUUAAGGUGGAUGAAUGUCUCAUUGCUGAAUAACAACUGUGGAAGAGUGCUGGUGACUGAUGGCAUUGUGUCGCAAGUGCAACAUUGGGCAGGGUUUAAUCUUAAUGCAAAUACAUGGAUCACAUGAUGACGAUGUCAGCUAAGCAAAUUGUUCGACUGAUUACAGUGUGACAGAAAAGCUAGUAGUUGAGCACUGUAUCUGGCGUUUUUCCGGAAAAGCUAGUAGUGUUACAUUGUAGUUGUCGAAGAGCUGAGAUCUAUUAUAAUGUCAUCUUGAAUAUUUUUCUGGUAAAAUAGAGAUGCAUGUUGUGUCGGUGUCAUGAUUAUCACUGCUAAGAAGCUUUGUUGAGGUUCAUCCAAUGCAAAAAUUUAUAUGAGCAUGUCGAAGCUGGGGUUGCGAAUGGAUUUAACAACCUGAUUAGAACUCUUACUUAGAGAGUGGAAUAUGUUGAAUUGAUGAGAAAUUUUCCCUGUCUCCAUUUUGUACUUCAGCUCGUCAGGGUUGAUAGAAGAAGCUACUUCUGCAUACUCUCCCUUCGACUAACAACUUGCUUUGUCUCUGGGCCACCUUUCCUUCCUUCCCUCCCCCCGGGCUGUUUAGCUUGGCCGAUCCAAUCGAGACAAGAUCGGUUCUGAUCCAGAUUCUCUGUACUAGCACCGGAACUAAUUCACAAUACGAUCUUUUUGAGUCCAUCUCCGGGAAGAAGGUUUGCAUUUGUCCAUGUCACUCACAAAUACGUCUUCCAGAAAAUAUAAAAUGUUCAUUGUUGUAAUUAGAAGUAAACAUGUACAUUUAAGUGUUAUGAGGAGGUUUUUUGUGAUGUUUGCUAGUGAGCUCGCAUGUCUAUCAGGAGUGUGAUUACUCGUUAAUCCCAACAGAAGAAAAAGAAGAAUUUCCCUAAUUAUUUGAUCGUGUUGCUGUUGGUGAGUUAGAUAUGGUUCUUGUUAAUUUCAAAACCUCUGAAAGUUAAAAGAUUUUUGUAUGCUGUCUGGCUUAGUAGUUUGAAGUUUUGCAUCAUACGACUUUCAUUUCUUCGAAGCCCAGCCUUUUGUAUGAAAGGCCCAUUAAAGGAAUAAACGAAAUAUAUAGAUGAAAAAUAUGAAAUUAUCAUUUCUUUUUUCAGAGGACGGUUGUUGAAGACCUUUACAGUUGUUUUUCUUCCGGAAUGGACUUUCUGAUGUUGGAAUGUGAGAUAGUAUAUGUUAAAGAAUGUCGAACACUCUUUUAAUUGAGAUGAGUUGUAAUCAAAAAUAGAUAUUUAUGUCUGCUUCUUCAUACAUCGGCCGUAUGAAGCUCAUGUAAGCCCACGCUUUUUGCUCGUUUGUUGAUGCUCUUGUAGAUUGGUUUUCUUGUGGUACCUAGUUGUCUGAGAGUGUUGGUAAUAUGUUCAUUAAGGCAACGAUUUGGUUUUUUUUCUUAAUUUUUUUUUCACUCCCUGUUCGAUAUAUCCUGAUCUUGUCUAUUCUGAAUAUAAUUUGCUCCCCCUUCUCAUUUAAACAGUUAUCCCUUGUGGAAUAUGGAUCAAUAAGAUCACUGACGAGCUAUAAUUUUUUAAAUCGACAGGCUACACUAUACAUGGGUUGAUAUUGGGACUCCCAAUGUCUCUUUUCUUGUUGCAUUGGAUGCUGGGAGUGAUUUAUUUUGGGUUCCAUGUGAUUGCAUUCAGUGUGCAGCUUUGUCUGGUGGACGAAACGGUUUGGUAGGCUAAAUUUCUUUUCUGAUAUUUCUAAUUUUCAUAUGCUGCAGAUUAUCAUUUUUUCCUUCUUUAUCUUUCUGCAUGUGUACAUCUCUGUUUGUGUGAUGGAUUGUGUUGUUUUGCACUGUGGGUGUCUAGAUUCAUGACAUAAUUUGAUUUCUUCUUUCGUUAUAUAAAUGGUGGCAGCCUAAUUAACUGCUGACGUCACUUAUUCUGGACAGUGUUGUGAUGUUGAUUGCGUUCACUUCUUUUAUUUUUUAAUGCUGUUGAGCCUUAUGUACUAGCUGCGAACCAUUGGCAGAUUCUUGCUUGUAUUGUUCAUCUGUAUGUACGACUAAAGAAAUAACGUAAGAUAUGAAAGUAGUUUCUCAAGAAAGUAAAACAUGGGCGAUGGAAUACAUAAAGAUGAUACAGACCCGUUGAUGUAUGACCUGAUGCAGGUAAUGUAGUCGAUCCAUAUUUACGAAACAAUCUUGCCCAUACACACUCUAAUUAUUGGAUAGUCUUAGAGAAAAACUCUACUCAGCCAAUUGAUGGGUCCAAAUGUGCAAUCGCUCUGCUCGUUCCAAAGGGCCCAAAAGGUAGCAUGGAGGAUGAUGUAUCUUACAUUUUUGGUUUCCUUAUGUAGUUGUUUUAUACUGUCUUUUUUCAAAACCAUCGAUACAAUAUUUUCAAAAAAUCCAAUGUGUUCGGCCUAUUGUGUCAAUAUGCUCAAGGUAGUAUGUACUAGCUUUUCUAGUAUUCAACUUAGCAAUAAAAUUGAAGGAAGGGGGGGGUGGGGGGUGGGGUGGAUUCUUUCAGUUUUUUUUUUUUUAACUCUGAGCAACUUAAUCAAUUUCUGUAGUAUUGACUGAGUUGGACCUUGGUCCAUUUUGGGUGCCCUGAAAGCAUUUUGGGGAUCAUCAGACCGCACCACUUUGGCUACUAUGGGAUGGUGUGCGGAAAACAAAAAUGUUUUGCCUUUUACUUUCAAUUACUUUUAAACUAUUCUGUGCAUGGUCGACUUACUUGAAAACGUCAAAAUCAAGCCAACCGGGUGGUAUCUGUCCAGGCUGCACUCACCACCAACGGUGGAGCAACUGCUGCCACAACCUUGAUUGGUGGCUAGUCGGCAAAGGAAAGGGUUUGGUCAAUUCUCAUGUUAAUUGCGACUUUUGAAUUCGAAAGUUCUGACCUGUUGGCGACUGCCCAAGUCAGACCAAGUCAGUAAACAAGAGUUCCAUGUUUCUUUCAAAUGCAGAACCAUCUUUUUUUUCUCGUUAAAGAAGAUGACUUUACAACUAGAUGCAUUUGAGCUUUAAAUAGAAGUCAAGAUCAAUGUUUGCUAUAGCUGCGAAUGUCAAAACGAAAAGGGGCACUGGCUACGCUUUUAUAUUUCUUUCUCAGGAAAUUGAGUGAAAAUUCAUUAGCAAUGGUUGAGAGGAUCCCAUUUUGUUUUUAAUCCAUUGCUGAGCAAUGGUUGCCGAGCUACCCCAUGUUUUGCAACAUAGUUGGGUAGAAAAUUUGGAACUGAUCUUGUCUGGAUAUGAGAAAAUUUGAAACGAAAGUUGCAUGCGAGAAUUCCUCUGUUAAAGAGCACUCGUAACAUUUUAUGAAUAAUCCUUCCCAAAAAAUACACUCAGGCUUUCGAAAUCAACAAAAUCCCGAAUCUGGACCUUUUUUUCUUCUUUGUUUUGAAUUGCUGCAAUCGCAGUGUAGCAGUACAUUUAAAGUUAUCUUGCGUGUGCCAUUAUUUAACAAUGGAUGGAGCUUCUCUGAUUACAACACUUGGUAACAGGUUUAUUUCUUAUGUUCAAAUGAUUGAUCGUUAGGUGCUCCUUGGAAUUUGGGGCAUCUAUUAUGCAGGAUAGAGAUCUGAGUAUGUAUCGCCCAGCAGCAUCAAGUACAAGUAAGCACCUACCUUGCAGCCACGAGCUUUGCACCUCAGUGUCAACCAGCUGCAAAAGCCCCAAGCAACCAUGCCCCUACUUUGUUGACUACUACUCGGAAAAUACAUCGAGUUCAGGAUUGUUGGUGGAGGAUACCCUGUACUUAGCUUCUAGUGAUGAGAAUGCAUUCAUGGGAGCAUCUGUAAUCAUAGGGUAUAUCCAACAUUUAUUGCUUAAUAUCUAUCUACCUAUCUCGCAAUGUUCUGCAUAUUUCAUUUUUUUUGAAGAGAUCCCUUUGGCCUGAGAAAGUUGCAUGCUUGGGACAGAUGUGGAAGCAGACAAAGUGGUGGAUAUUUGGAUGGCAUUGCGCCUGAUGGGCUCCUUGGGCUAGGACUUGGUGAUGUUUCAGUCCCAACCAUUCUCGCCAAGGAAGGCCUGGUGCGGGAUUCUUUCUCCUUGUGCUUUCAGGAAGAUGACUCCGGGAGAAUAUUGUUUGGGGACCAAGGAAUCUCCGGUCAACGGUCUACCCCUUUCGUCUCUGUGGAAGGAAAAUAGUGCGUCAUCGUGAUGACCAUGUUUUAUUUCUUUUUCUUGAUUAUUGGUCAUCAAUCGGUAGUUCUCCAAUGAAUGCAUAGCCCGCUGUUUAUUAGUUAGGCAUGGUUAAUCUGGUGGUACGCUACAGUUUUGGCUACUAGUCGAUGUACAUUAAUAGUCACUGUUCAUCUGGAUGGCCAUUCCCAGUUGACUUUUAUGAUUUCUACAUGCUUUCAUUUUCAUAAAUUAUUUUUCUCGUAAUUGAGAUGCAUAUCGGAGGCAAUAAAAUGGUUUAAUGAAAGAAAAGGCUAAAGAUGAGUUGGUGAAAAAUAAUCAGGCUGAAACUGUGGGUAGUAGUAGUCUUAGAACCAGAUUCAUUUUCCUUGAAAGAGUAAUCCACUGUUCAUUCCUAUUUACCCCAAUAAUCUGCACCAUGCACUGUUUUUUAAUUGGAAUCUGUCCUUUUUUUUUUGGGUCGAAAAUUUGUGAACUUUAUUUGAUGAACCCUGCGUUGACCAUCAUCAUUCAUUCGCUUGAUUGUCUUCUUGGAUUAGCCCCACCUACAUUAUCGAGGUAGAGGGUUGGUGCAUCGGAUCUCAGUGCCUGAGGCAGACUGCGACUAGAGCUCUGGUCGACUGUGGCUCAUCCUUCACUUACCUCCCCAGCAGUGUGUUUAAGGUCGUCGUUGCUGAGGUGAGCGCCUUCUCAGGUGACUGCCCAAGCACUGGGCCAAUUCUUCUCUCUCUUCUUUCGUCUAUCUCUCUCUCUCUCUAUUCUCUCAUACUUCUUUUCCUUCUCUCUCUCUGUCUCUCUCUCUCCUAGUUUGACAGGCAGAUGAACCGCUCAAGCAUCACGUAUGAAGAAUCUCCGUUUCAAUAUUGUUACAGGGCCAGGUAACUCGUCAUAUCCUCUGAAUUGGAAGCCUAAAUAUUUCCGAGAAAUGAUCCGCAGCACUUCAUAUUUUUGUAAUUAUUUAUUUUUCUGACUCGGCAGUUCCCUCGAGAUGCCCACGAUACCCCGGGUAGCCUUGACGCUUGCCGUCAACCAGAGCUUCGUCGUCAACAACCCUCUGUUUCUUUUUUACGGAAAGCAGGUAACUCUUUCUACUCCCAGAUUUCCCUUCCUCUGAUCUUCCAUUUCGCCCUGUUUAUCCAUGGAUUAUCAGGAACCACCCAGUUGCAGAUAAUCACCGAAAAAUGUCUCAUUUCCUCCUAAAAUCUUCACAAAAAUGGUCGGCACCUUUACCCUAUUUAUAUGGAUAGAUUAUCACCAACUCAACGGAGGAAAUUCACCGAAAAAGCGUUGUUGUCCCCCGUUCCACAUCGUAGAUAGAUUCUGCAGCAUCGCUCUUCUCCGCUGAUCCCAUGAUCUCUCUUCUUCUCCUUUCAAGGGUCAACGCGAAGCCUUCUGCCUGGCCCUGCAACCAUCCGAUGAUCCUCAUGUUACGAUCGGCCGUGAGUUCUCCCUCUCUUCCCCCCCCCCCCCUCCUCUCUCUUUUCCUAUUCUGCUCUCCCCUGCUGACUCUCUCUCUCUCUACCCAGAGAACUUUAUGACCGGAUACAAAGUGGUGUUCGACAGGGAGCUCAUGAGGCUAGCAUGGUCGCCCUCUUCCCACUGUGAGCCCCGCCCAUCUCUCUGUAAGACAGGGUUCAUAAUGUCGCAUAACGCAGAAACUUCAUCAGCUAUAUUCUAUUUGCUCGCAGGUGGCGAUCCGGCGAGCAGCCGGCGGGUGCCGCGGACCCCGCCGCCGCGCGACCGGCCGGAGAACCCGCUGCCGACGGAUGAGGCCCGGGGCCCCCCCGGUGGCGCCGCCGUCAACCCCGCCGUCGCCGGGCGCGCUCCCACGACCUCCUCGGCGCCUCCACCGCCCCACUCGCUGAGGCUCGGCUCCCUUUCCCUCCUGCUCCUCCUGCUCGCCUUCGCCGUCGUCUUCGCUGGCUAG